AUGAUUGGGAGUCCCAUAGCAUGUGGAACGACAUUGCUUUCCCCCGAUGCGAAUGUUCAUGGACCCAGUACCGGUCAUUCUCCUGGGGAUACCGACUUUACAUCAUCGAACGGAACAUUAAAUUAUUCCUCGUCCACCACAAAACCGUUUAGUGCAAAUCCCCGUGCACCGCCUCCAACCCAUCAGAGGAAGUUGUCAAUGCCAUCACAGUUCCCUACCACGCCUAGAGGUUCUGAGUCAAGAAGCUCUCAACUUACGGAUCUUUUGAAGCAAUCUUUCACUCCAAAGAGAGGAACUACUGCGCGCGGUGAGUUUUCAAAAGGUGUGUUAGCAAGUGGAAACGCUGAACCCAUGCUGACGUCUGAAUUUGUACCCUGGUGCAGCCGAAUCUUUGUGCAACCCAUAUUGGAUCUUAUUUAUUGUAAAGAGGAGGUGGAAGAUUUCACGGAUCGAGCGCUUACACUAGUAAAUCCGACUGACUGGGCAAUUUUUGUAGAGCAAGGACAGCGACAACAAGCGCACCACGAAUUUGAGCACUUUAGGACAACUCCCUGCGAUUCCCAGCUAGUAUUUGCUCGUAUUCCUAAAUGUCCAACCUCUGUUUCACUUUCAAUGCUGCGAAAGUGUAUCUAUUCCACUGAUGGAGAUCAGAUAUACAUCACGCGUUAUGAAAGAACGUAUACCAAUCUUGCAAGAAAAUUUUCCUGCAAUGGAGACAAUCCUUUUAAUACGGAUAAGACUUCUUCCUUAAUUGUUAUCAAUGAAUUAUCACGCGAAAUGCUUCUCUGCGGUUCAUCUGCUGGAAUUGUGCGGAUCUGGGAUCCUUCUUUCAAUAUCCACUCACAUGAAAUAGAAGGGCUUCCACAACUUGUCACAGCAUCUAACCCUCUUUGUGAUCAAUCCAGACUACCUGUUCCUGAGCAUGGGACCCUAUCAACCCUCUAUGACUGGAGUCAAGAAACAGGCCGAUUGAUUUGUGGCGGAAAUGUGCGUGUGAUUAGAGUCUGGGAUGCACAUUAUGAAAGGACUGCCCAGGACAUCCCUGUAACUGCGAAAAAGGGUGGAAUUUGUGCCCUUUCUGGUGAACUUGAUCGUGACGACCUCAUUGCUGCGGGUUAUCGCGACGGUGUAGUUCAUGUGCAUGACAUCCGCGUACCUGGCAAGGAUUCAUUGGUGAUGUCCUUCGGUGACUUAUCUAGUCGCGUAGUUGGUGUUGCCAUCCGCGUCGACGUUAAUGGAAACGCCAUUGUUGCGGCGGGAGAUGAGAAUGGCGAUGUCUGCGUUUGGGAACCGCGAAUGAUAAAGGUACUGCAUUAUAACUUCUCACAGAGGAAUCUUGCAGAUGCAUGUGGAGUAUAA